GCCCUGGAAGGAGCUCCAAAAUCCUCCCAGAGCCUUCUCUUCUCCAUCCCCAGCUCUCCCAGCCUCUCUUCUACCCCCAUCACUAAAAACCUCAGAUCUUCUCAUCUAAACACAGCCAUGGGAAGGGACUGAGGCUGAAAAAGUGACAGAACAUUAUAAAUGUCUUGAUUUCCAUCAGUAAAAGUUUCAGGCAGGAGCUGUAAACCAAAGGACUUGUGUUUGGAGCUUAUACUAAAAUGCCACGCCUAAUAUAUGCAAAGCUUAUCCUAUUAUCUCAAACAGAUCUCAACAGUACUUCUACUUCCAUAAAAUAAAUUGCUCAAGUGCAAAGGCUUCCCAAGCCAUGGACAUAAUGGCACCAGGCACUCCUCUAAAUAUUUAUGUAAUAUCAUUGCAGCCAUUUUCCAAAAUCCUUCACAAAGGCAUUAAAACAUUAAGAGCUGCUCCUAACUCUUACAAUGAAAAUUUCUAUGAAUGAAUUUUCCUAUUAUGAAAAUUUCCCUUUUCAGUAAAACCCAGAGACCUUUUUCUUUGCUUUAUUCCUACUAUAAAAAUCAUUUAAAGCCCAUAUAAUCAGGGUCACACAGGUGCAUGAAAGAUCUUCAGGACCAUGUUUGUUAUAUACAUCUUUUCCUGACAACUCUCAGAGGCAGGAUUCCCUCUCAGGGUUUCCAAAGCUCUUGAAUUUGAUGGUUUAGUCAUGCCAGAAGCUUUUCUCCUCUCUGCCUUCCUGUGUCCCACUUUUCUUCUGGACUCUGGGACUGUUGUGACAUCUAGGGGGGCUCUGCAGUGAGUUUAGCACUGUCUGACUCCAUGGCCUUGGCAUUAAUAUGGAAACGUGCUUGGCAGCUAAUUAGUGCUUCAUUAAUAUUUGACAUCAGGGCCUUUGGCUGCCUUUUCCCUUUGGAAAACAAACCUUUCCCAGGCAGUGUCAUGCCUCAGCAGCACAGGGACACAAGCUGCAGAAACCUGGUACAAUGUCUGAUCCCCACUUGUUUGGUCAUUGCUAUUCCUUCAGUAACUCCCUACAUCUUUAGAAAGACUAAAACAAGAGGAAAGAUUUUUGGGGGUGAUGGGGUUAGAAAGAAUUCAAAAUAAACCAGAAAGAUUUCUUACAUGAAAUAGUUAAAAAAGAAAAUGGUUCAUUUGAAACCACACAAAACCAAAGCCACUUAAGGACUGUGAAGUGGAUUGAAGAAUGUCUAUACAUUGGUUUGGGGGUUUUUUUUUGGUUUUUUUUUUAAUUUUACAACCAGUUCUUCAAGGCUUGCAGCUCAAAAUCCCUGUGUCAGAUGCCAGAGAAACAAUUCAGAAUUGGUUUUUUUUAAGGAAUCCCUAUCAAAGCUGGGCCUGAUCAUCUCCCUGUUUCUGCUCUUUUUCCAUACUCCAGGUACUCCAGUAAGUCUGAUCCCAAUCAUACUGGCACAAAAUAUUCCCCAGCAAUCAAUAUGAGAUCUAAAAUACUUUCACAGUAUUUAAUUGUGAAUGGGAAGGUCACCUGGAUAUUACCAACCCCUGAGCACACAAAAAAUCCAAUAUAUGAGGUAAAAAAUUCAUUUUUUAAACACUUUUUUCUACGGAUGCUUCAUAUCAUACGAGCAUAUGUACAUCAACAACACAAUAAAAAUUCCAGGGGAAGAAUUUCUAAACAUACAAGAAUUUGGCAAAAACCUGAAAACCCUCCAAAGCACAUUGUGCAAUGUUUGAUUUUGAUUUCUUGGAUUGCUAUGAAUGAGUCCAGAAAGAGAAAUACCUUUGACUCACACUGAAAUACUACCCAAAAAUCUCCUUGUAUUCAUGCAGAGACCCAGUGCAGAACUGGGCAUUUAUUUCAGAGCACUUGCAGCCUUUCUUUAUGCAGUGUGAAUCUUAAACAGCAAAAAGAAUGCUAAGGUGAGAAAUGCAAGCGAGGUAUUAUUUAUCUCACCCACCUCUGCAAAGCAGCUCUUAAAAAAUAAGUUUUAUAUGGUGUAAAUUACUGCACAAACCUUAACACAGCAGAAUCACAUCCAGGCAAUCUCUGGACCUAAUUCCCUCUUUCUCACUUAAUCUGGGCUCGAUGACAAGUAAAUCCACUGCAGCACAAUGAGUUACAUCAGAAAACGGCCUGAGAUGAAAAUCAAGUUGUGUGAAUCAUCUGGGAAUAUUUUGCCCUUCCACAGCUCAUCAAGGAGCUUCACAACCUGAACAUCCAGUGCUCUCAAACAUGGAAAAAUCCUUUCCCACUCCUGAGGCAAUAAAGGGAACCAAACAACACAAACAAGGAGCAAUUUAAGCUCUUACCCAGAUUAUGACCCAAAAUUAACCUAUUAGAAAGAGUUGUGUGAAAAACACCGUGUCAUCAAUAACAUUUUACACCAGAAGGCCUGGCAGAUGGAAAAGUUCAGAACCAGUUUAAUCAGCAACGUGCCCGUCUCUCAAUUUUAUCUUCCCAGGUGCCAACCUACAUUCAGGAGGGGUUACACUCGUUCAAACACACACAGCUUAAUGAUCAACCCAUGCUCUGCCUCUCCUAAAAUGAAGAGGAGUAUAAAUAGAUCAAGCUCUGCAACCCAGAGCAGCCACAGAGCACGAGCUGCCACUGGGAAAAGCCUCUGCAUCCUGAGCAAAGAGAGCCAGGAGCAGGAAUGAUGAAGAUCAUUGCAGUUUUACUGUUCCUGGCCCCGCUGGCUCUCCCAGCUGCAGCUGACAAGGAAUUUUUCUCCGUGGGUUCCGCCGCAUCUCCCGAAACGAAAUCGCGAUUUGCGAUGUUGGACGACGUCCGAAUCUUGGCCAACGGGCUCCUCCAGCUGGGCCAUGGCCUCAAAGACUUUGUCCACAAGACCAAGGGGCAGAUCAAUGACAUCUUUCAGAAGCUCUACAUCUUUGACAGGUCCUUUUACGAGCUCUCCCUGCAAACCAGCGAAAUCAAGGAGGAAGAGGAACAGCUCCGGCAAACCACGGCCAGGCUGCAAAUCAACAACGAGGAGAUAAAGAACCUCUCACAGGAGAUGAACCUCAAGAUUGAAGACCUCAUCCAAAACAAAAUCCAGCUGCAGGAGCAAGUGUGGGGACUGGAGGACAAGGUCACCAAACUGGCCAUUUUCCAGCCUUCGGUACAAGAGACAAAAGAAAUUUCUUCACUCAAAGCCUUUGUGGAGCAGCAGGACAACGACAUCAAGCAGCUCCUGAGGAUCGUGGAGGACCAGCACGAGCAGCUGGACAGGCAGCACAACCAGAUCAUGGAGCUGGAGGACAAGCUAAACCACAUCGAGCUCCUGGAGCUGCUGGAGAAUUCCUUCCUGGAGGAGCAGCAGGAGGCAGAGCCCAUCCCCUCUGCUGUGCACAGGCCCACGGCUGGGACGUACAGAGCUGAUGGUGCUGCUGCUGACUGCACUGCCCUCUACCACACUGGGGUGCAGACCAGUGGGGUCUACACUAUUCAGCCCAAUGGCUCAGAAGCUUUCAAUGUCUACUGUGAAACAAAAUUUGGCACAUCCUGGACUGUAAUCCAGAAGAGAGUGGACGGAUCACUGGACUUCAACCAAACUUGGGAUGCCUACACAAAUGGUUUUGGUGACCUCAAUGAGGAAUUCUGGCUGGGCCUGAAGAAGAUCUACUCCAUCACCCAGCAGGGGAAUUACCUGCUGCGCAUCGAGCUGCAGGACUGGAGGGGGAACAGGAGGCACAUCGAGUACAGCUUCAGCCUGGGGGGCCCCAGCACCAACUUCACCCUGCAGCUGGCCAGGAUGUCGGGCAGCAUUCCCAACGCGCUGCCCGAUAGAUGCCAGCUGAGCUGGAAUUUGGGGUCUAAAGCAGAUUUCUGUUGCAAAGAGGAGCUGUUUACUCUGCCCAGAAUGACAUGCCCACGUUUCUCCUCAGGAGGCUGGUGGCACAGUGAGUGUGAGGAAACCAACCUGAACGGGAACUACGUCACACCACGGUCCAGGGGCAGGCUGGACAGAGGAAAAGGUCUCUACUGGAAGCCUAAGAAAGGAAGAUACUACCUGCUCAAGUCAACCAAAAUAAUGAUCCACCCAACAGACUUAAAAAGCUUUGACUGAGUGCUCAACCUGCUGCAUUUGAACUCAGAACAAACACAAUGAACUUCACCACACCAAAGGACUUGAUGCCGUGUUUACCAACAGAUGCCAAGUCCCAAUCCAUGCCCUGCAUGGAAUUCCUCUAAAACAUAAACCUGAGGCAUCUGAGAUGGUCUUACAAAAUGUCUGGUGAGUAUUGUCAUUCCCUCAAGCCCCAAUGUCAACGUGCUGCAACUUUUUGUGGAGCUUUUCCUUCCCCACAGUGAAAUUCUAAUGCCCAGGAGCCAACCUGUCACACAUUGGAUAAUAUUGUUUGGGGGAAUGGGUUUUCAGGCUGUGCAUUCCUUUCUGGGUUGUGUAGCAGGGAAAACAAAAAGUGUUUUCUGGGAUUAAAGGGCUGGCAAAACCCUACUGAAAACAUUUAGGGAAAGAAAAAAAAAGAAAUUUUGUUUCUUGAAGUAACUAAUUGAAUGUUUGGUUCAUGUUUUUGUUGUGGAAUGUUUUAAGAGCAAAUGAAAGAUGGGUAAUUGCUCCUUUUAGGGCUCUGGGUAUUUCCAGGAGUGUAGCUGAGGCCAAUCCAUGCUCUCUGGAGCUGGUGGGUCACACACAGGGGGUCAGGGCAGCCCUGCUUCCCUGGAUCCCACAGAUCCCACAGGGAACUGCAUAGCUGGGGCUGCCCACUGCAAGUGAGGAGCCAAACUCACUGAAAGGAGGAUGAGAUUUGCUCUCCUCACCUGAAAUGAAUCCGAGCCAAGCCCUGUGACCUUUCAGUCCAACCAGCUAAGGAAUUUAAACACACAAGCAAGUGAGCACACACCAAAACACCUUCCACUUAGGGAACAGCUGCUCCAACAGGGUCAGGGGUGCCAGCCCACAAACCCAGCAGGCACAAGCCAUGGCACAGGGCUGCUCCAGCCCCUGGGACACUCACAGGCUGAGCUUCAGCUGCAGAACACAGAGUGCCAGCCUUGGGCUGGCCCUGCAAGUGCUGACUGACAAAGCCCAGUCCUACAGCUCCCCUGAGUCAUAUUGACUUGUUUAUCUUCCCCAGCCCUUGUACAGUGUGGGCUUUUUAUCUCAGCACAGGAAAUGGUUUUGGUUGUCAUUUAUCAGAGUGAAACCUCGUGAACAGAAUGUGUUAAUUACAGAAAUUCUACAAUAAAAAUCCUUUUCCUUCUCAUGGGUUUGUAACAGGGAUGAGAUCAUGUACUGUUGCUUAUUUGUACUGGUUUACUGUAAUGUUAAAUUUCCUAUCCAAUAAAUAAAUAGACUAAUAAAUAAAUGGCUGAGACUUUUCAAAAUACAGGAUAUGGAACU